GACCCAUUCUUCAUCAGUCAAAGCGAGAGCCCUGAAGGAAGCACUCAUGUUAGCCAACGUCCUCAUCAAUCUAGUACGGGAACGGAGUGCUAUAUAUGACCCAAGUGAUCCCAUGCACCGAGACCGAGGUGCCAUUGCUGCAUUAUGGAAGGAGAUUGCUACUGAAAUGAAAUGCCAAGAAUCUGAUUGCAAGUACAAGUGGCAUCAUUUAAGGAGCAACUUUAUGAGGGAAAAGAGAAGGAUUGCUACUCUAGCAUCUGAAUCACCUAACAUCAAAACAAAGAGAUGGGUAUUCUACGAUGCUAUGGAAUUCCUCAUACCCCAUGUGACACCACGAACAUCAUCAUCUAAUGUACCAUCACCGCCUGAUGACAACAGUUAUGAUGUAGAUGAUGCUGCACCUGAAGAUGUGCAUUCUCAACAAACAGCAAACAAUGCAAACCUCUGUGAAGGGGGAAGUAGGUCCACACCUGCUACCAACCAGCUUUCAUCUACAGCAAAGGAGCCUAACGCUAACAAAAGACGUCGCUACGAGCUUGCAAAUGAAGUAGAUGUGCAAAUCGUGAGGGAGUUGCAGAAGUUGCGAGAACAAGUAGUUUGUAAAAAUGAAAAUGAACUUGACCCAGAUCGCCAGUACUUGCUAAGUCUUCUACCUCUUAUGAAACAACUGUCACCUGUCGACAGUAUUGGCGUUAAGAUAGAAAUACAUCAGGCCUUUCGCAAGAAACUCGUUAAGGACCAAGACUUCAGCUAUGGUUACUGGCCUGACCAACGCCAACAAUCAUCUUAUGCACCGUCACCGUAUGCUAGUGAUAGUAAUUCUGACCAGGAGCCCUUAUCCUGAAAGUAGGAGGACCUAACAGUUACUGUAUUCAUGACCAGAAAUAAAGCAUGUCUACAGUCUU